GGACCCCGGGAGAGCAGCCGGUGUGUGGUUGUGUUUCCUCUGCCUGCGCUGGACAUCACUUGCGCGCUACAGAAAGCCCAGACCCUCUCCUACCAGCGCCCGCAGACACCCCCGCAGCCGCGGCCGAGCCGGGGCACCCUCGCCCUGUGCGCGGGUGCUUCUUGCGCUGCGGCGCGCGUUCCCCGUCCGCGCCUUCUUCUCGGGGCAGGCCCGGGGAGAAAGAAGCGGCGUCCGAUUUCUGGGCGCUGCUCCUGGCGCGAGGUGCGGGAUGGAGAGCAAGGCGCUGCUGGCCAUCGCUCUGUGGUUCUGCGUGGAGACCCGGGCUGCCUCUGUGGGUUUGUCUAGUGUUUCUCUUGAUCCGCCCAGGCUCAGCAUACAAAAAGACAUACUUACUAUUAUGGCUAAUACAACUCUGCAGAUUACUUGCAGGGGACAGAGGGACUUGGACUGGCUCUGGCCCAACACUCAGAGUGGCUCUGAGAAAAGAGUGGAGGUGACUGAGUGUAGUGACGGCAUCUUCUGUAAGACGCUCACAAUCCCAAAAGUGAUCGGAAAUGACACUGGAGCCUACAAGUGCUUCUACCGGGACACUGACACAGCCUCGGUGGUUUAUGUCUACGUUCAGGAUUACAGAUCUCCAUUUAUUGCUUCUGUCAGUGACCAGCAUGGAGUGGUGUACAUCACCGAGAACAAAAACAAAACUGUGGUGAUUCCAUGUCUUGGGUCCAUUUCAAACCUCAAUGUGUCACUCUGUGCAAGGUAUCCAGAAAAGAGGUUUGUUCCUGAUGGUAACAGAAUUUCCUGGGACAGCAAGAAAGGCUUCACGAUUCCCAGCUACAUGAUCAGCUAUGCCGGCAUGGUCUUCUGUGAAGCAAAAAUUAAUGAUGAAACUUACCAGUCUAUUAUGUACAUAGUUGUGGUUGUAGGGUACAGAAUUUAUGAUGUGGUUCUGAGCCCCCCUCAUGAAAUCGAGUUGUCUGUUGGAGAGAAGCUUGUCUUAAAUUGUACAGCAAGGACUGAACUAAAUGUAGGGAUUGACUUCAACUGGGAAUACCCUUCUUUGAAGCAUCAGCAUAAGAAGCUUGUAAAUCGGGACCUGAAAACCCAGUCAGGGAGUGAGAUGAAGAAGUUUUUGAGCACCUUGACUAUAGAUGCUGUAACCCGGAGUGACCACGGGAUGUACACCUGUGCGGCUUCCAGUGGGCUGAUGACCAAGAAGAACAGCACGUUCGUCAGGAUCCAUGAAAAACCUUUUGUUGCUUUUGGCAGUGGCAUGGAAUCUUUGGUGGAAGCUACAGUGGGAGACCAUGUCAGAGUCCCUGUGAAGUGCCUUGGUUACCCUCCCCCUGAAAUAAAAUGGUAUAAAAAUGGAAGACCCAUUGAGUCCAAUCACACAAUUAAAGUGGGGCAUGUACUGACUAUUAUGGAAGUGAGUGAGAAAGAUACAGGAAAUUACACUGUCAUCCUCACCAAUCCCAUCUCAAAGGAGAAACAGAGCCACGUGGUAUCUCUGGUCGUGAAUGUCCCACCCCAGAUUGGUGAGAAAUCGCUGAUCUCUCCUGUGGACUCUUACCAGUACGGCAUCACUCAGACGCUGACGUGCACGGUCUAUGCCGUGCCUCCCCCUCAUCACAUCCGCUGGUAUUGGCAGCUGGAGGAAGAGUGCACCUACAAGCCCAUCGAAGCUGCCUUAAUGACAAACCCAUACACUUGUAAAGAAUGGAGAAAUGUGGAGGACUUCCAGGGAGGAAAUAAAAUUGAAGUCAACAAAAAUCAAUUUGCCCUAAUUGAAGGAAAAAACAAAACUGUAAGUACCCUUGUCAUCCAAGCGGCAAAUGUGUCAGCUUUGUACAAAUGUGAGGCAGUCAACAAAGCCGGGAGAGGAGAGAGGGUUAUCUCCUUCCACGUGACCAGGGGUCCUGAAAUCACUCUGCAACCUGACACCCAGCCAACUGAGCAGGAGAAUGUGUCUUUGUGGUGCACUGCAGACAGAACUACCUUUGAGAAUGUCACAUGGUACAAGCUUGGCCCACAAGCUCUGCCGAUCCAUGCGGGGGAGGUGCCCACGCCUGUUUGCAAGAACUUGGAUGCUCUUUGGAAAAUGAAUGCCGUCAUGUUCUCUAAUGGCACCAACGACAUUUUGAUCCUGGAGCUCCAGAAUGCAUCCUUGCAGGACCAAGGAGACUACAUCUGCUUUGCUCAGGACAGGAAGACCAAGAAAAGGCAUUGUGUGGUCAGGCAGCUUACAGUCCUAGAGCGCAUGGCACCCAUGAUCACAGGAAACCUGGAGAAUCAGACGACAAGUAUCGGUGAAACCAUCGAGGUUUCGUGCACAGCAUCUGGGAAUCCCCACCCACAGAUUACGUGGUUCAAAGAUAAUGAGACGCUUGUGGAAGACUCAGGCAUUGUCCUGAAAGAUGGGAACCGGAACCUAACUAUCCGCCGAGUGCGCAAGGAGGAUGAAGGCCUCUACACCUGCCAGGCGUGCAGUGUGCUGGGGUGUGCAAAAGUGGAGGCAUUUUUCAUAGUAGAAGGUGCCCAGGAGAAGACGAACUUGGAAGUCAUUAUUCUAGUAGGCACUGCUGUGAUUGCCAUGUUCUUCUGGCUACUUCUUGUCAUCGUUCUACGGACCGUUAAACGGGCCAACGGAGGGGAGCUGAAGACAGGCUACUUGUCCAUCGUCAUGGAUCCAGAUGAACUCCCCUUGGAUGAACACUGUGAACGCCUGCCUUAUGAUGCCAGCAAAUGGGAAUUCCCCAGAGAUCGGCUGAAACUAGGUAAGCCUCUUGGCCGUGGUGCCUUUGGCCAAGUGAUUGAAGCUGAUGCCUUUGGAAUCGACAAGGCAGCAACUUGUAAGACAGUGGCCGUCAAAAUGUUGAAAGAAGGAGCAACACACAGUGAACACCGAGCCCUCAUGUCUGAACUCAAGAUCCUCAUCCAUAUUGGCCACCAUCUCAAUGUGGUCAAUCUUCUAGGUGCCUGUACCAAGCCAGGAGGGCCACUCAUGGUGAUUGUGGAAUUCUGUAAGUUUGGAAACCUGUCAACUUACUUAAGGAGCAAGAGAAAUGAAUUUGUUCCCUACAAGACCAAAGGGGCACGAUUCCGUCCAGGGAAAGAAUACGUUGGGGAAAUCACUAUGGAUCCUAAACGCCGCCUGGACAGUAUCACCAGUAGCCAGAGCUCAGCCAGCUCUGGAUUUGUUGAGGAGAAAUCCCUCAGUGAUGUGGAGGAAGAGGAAGUUUCUGAAGAUCUGUACAAGAACUUCCUGACCUUGGAGCAUCUCAUCUGUUACAGCUUCCAAGUGGCCAAAGGCAUGGAGUUUUUGGCAUCACGGAAGUGUAUCCACAGGGACCUGGCAGCACGAAAUAUCCUCUUGUCGGAGAAGAACGUGGUUAAAAUCUGUGACUUUGGCUUGGCCCGGGAUAUUUAUAAAGACCCAGAUUAUGUCAGAAAAGGAGAUGCUCGCCUCCCUUUGAAAUGGAUGGCCCCAGAAACAAUUUUUGACAGAGUGUACACAAUUCAGAGUGACGUGUGGUCUUUUGGUGUCUUGCUCUGGGAAAUAUUUUCCUUAGGUGCUUCUCCAUAUCCGGGAGUAAAGAUUGAUGAGGAAUUUUGCAGGCGAUUGAAAGAAGGAACUAGAAUGAGGGCCCCUGAUUAUACCACACCAGAAAUGUACCAGACCAUGCUUGACUGCUGGCAUGGGGAGCCCAAUCAGAGACCCACGUUUUCAGAGUUGGUGGAACAUUUGGGAAAUCUGUUACAAGCUAAUGCUCAGCAGGAUGGCAAAGACUACAUUGUUCUUCCCAUAUCAGAGACUUUGAGCAUGGAAGAGGAUUCGGGACUCUCUCUGCCUACCUCACCUGUUUCCUGUAUGGAGGAAGAGGAAGUGUGUGACCCCAAAUUCCAUUAUGACAACACAGCAGGAAUCAGUCAGUAUCUGCAGAACAGUAAGCGAAAGAGCCGGCCUGUGAGUGUAAAAACAUUUGAAGAUAUCCCGUUAGAAGAACCAGAAGUAAAAGUAAUCCCAGAUGACAACCAGACGGACAGUGGUAUGGUUCUUGCGUCAGAAGAGCUGAAAACCUUGGAAGACAGAACCAAAUUAGCUCCGUCUUUUAGUGGACUGAUGCCCAGCAAAAGCAAGGAGUCUGUGGCAUCUGAAGGCUCAAACCAGACGAGCGGCUACCAGUCUGGGUAUCACUCUGAUGACACAGACACCACGGUGUACUCCAGCGAGGAGGCGGAACUUUUAAAGCUGGUGGAGAUUGGACCACAAGCUGGCCCCGCAGCCCAGAUUCUCCAGCCUGACUCUGGGACCACACUGAGCUCUCCUCCUGUUUAAAAGGAGGCACCCACGUCCCCUACUCCUGGAAAUCAUAUGAGAGGUGCUGCUCAGAUUUUCAAGUGUUGUUCUUUCCACCACCAGGAAGUAGCCACAUUUGAUUUUCAUUUCAAAAAGAGGACCUCGGACUGCAGGGAGCCAGUCCCUUAGGCAUUUCCUGAGAAGACGCUUAUGACCCAAGAAUGUGUUUGUAUCUUCUUCCAGUGUUGACCUUAUUCUCUUUUUCAUUCAUUUGAAAAGCACGUAUGAUGCCCCCUACUGUGGAUCUCUCCAUGGGUUAAAACAAAAGAAGUUCAGGAAAUGACUUCGUCCUGCAAGAAGUAGCAGUACCUGGGGAGCUGACACUUCUGUAAAACUGGAAGAUAAGCCAGGCCAUGGAAGUGCUUUUGGUGUUGAAGAUGGGCAAGACCUUUAGGUCUGGGUCCAUCUCAGAAACUUUGUUUAGGAUGUGGGUCCUGAGCCAAGUCUUACGUGUGGGGUUUGGAUUGAUAGGAAGGAAGAUGUUGGCUCACUUUGAAGGCCUAAUGGAGUCUGCGAAUGCAUUGUGUUGGCUAUGGUGGAGGUGGGCAUGGGGUCUCUUAGGAAAUGUAAAGGCUUCAGACGAGGUUACUGGUUUUAGAAGGUUGCGUGCUCUUCCCAGUUGGGCUAAAUGAGAGUUCCUUGUGCUGUUUCCGACUCCUAAUGAGAGUUCCUUCCGGACUCUUACGUGUCUCCUGGCCAAGCCCCAGGAAGGAAAUGAUGCAGCUCUGGCUCCUUGUCUCCCAAGCUGAUUCUUUAUUCAGAACACCACAAAGAAGGGACAUUUGGACGGAGGCUCCCUGUCGUGUUGAAGAGUUCGGACUGUAUAAACCAGCUUCUGGUUUCUUCUGGAUGAAUACCCACAUGUCUGUCCUGAUGUGAUACGUCUGAGCCUGAAUGCAGUCGGUUGGGUAUCAAGCUGUGGUGUCAAAACUUCAAGAAGGCUUUUACUUUUUUGUUCCUUCUCCCUCCAACCCCUGGGCCUUCCCCAUCCUCCGCCCCUUUCACCCCCAACUAGUCAGUACUUUAGGAAUUUGGCCUCUACACCCUAGUAAAAGCUGAUUAGAUUUGUUCACUCUCUGAAUAAUUAUAGCCAGAUUGCAAAUUUUUUUAUAGCCCAAGUUAUAACAACAUCUGUUAUUUAGACUUUUAACAUGUAAAGCUAUUUCUACUGAUUUCUGCCCUUCCUCUUUCCUCUUUAAAAAAGAAAAUGUAUUUUUCAUUUGAUACCAUAGUGUGAGAUGCUGGGAACCAUGACUGUAAGACAUGCUAUGGCACAUAUAUUUAUAGUCUGUUUAUGUAGAAACAAA